CCAAUAUUUCUUUCUUCUUUUGCGAUCUUUUUCAUCAACCCAUGCCCGACGACGAUGAAGACGACGACGACGGCGACAUCAUCAACAAGCCAUUGCACCAACUCCUGUCCUAUCAUUCUGCGCUUGCUCUUCGCCUCCUCCCCCUCCCUCUCUCCCUCUCUCCUCUCCUCCCGAGUCUCUUUCCACCAAUCUGCGUGUGUCACUCCGUGUUUUCCUAUAGGAGAUUGUGUCUCUCUUCCUUUACCCUUGCCAUCCCUUUGCUCCCCUAGCCUGUCGCGCUUCGUCUUCGUGUUGUCUUCAACCUCUGCCUUGUCUGCGGAGGAGUAGUAGAAGUAGUGUGGUCGAGUCCAGUUCCAGCCUUGUGUCCGGCUAGUGGACCUCCAUUUGCGGCGGCCGUGAGCGAUCCUGGCGGGGCUGUGUUGGUGCGUUAGAGUGUGGUGAUUCAGUUUUGUUUGUGCGCGUGGCAGGAAAGGGCGGAUGCUUUUGAGGCUGGAGAUCAGUUGGAGGUUGCGUGUGCGGUGAAGCCAGACGAGGGAGCGCUUGAGUCUGUGAUUGGGAGCGAGCAGCCCGAGGUUUUUGUGGAAGCGGGUGCGCGUUGUGGAGGGCUUGUAUUUGGAGCGGUAGGUCGCUCUUGUUCAGAAGAGCGAGCUGGAGCGCAUGCAGGUGUGUUGUAGGCGGUAGAUUUAAUCAUGGUGGAAGGCAGUGUGGAAAGCCGGGGGAUGGAGGACGGUCGGACUGUAAUUUAAGUGAAGGGUAUGGCCACUGCUGAAAUUUGUAGAAGUGCGCACGGAGGAUUGAUGGAGGAGUUGCCAGGCUGCAAAAAUGGAGUGGUUUCUUUGAGGCGUCGCAGGAUGGAAAUUCGGAGAUUGAAGAUGAUGACAAACUCGAGUGUCUAUGUGGAGCAGCCCGUAAGUAAGCGCUCACGCCCUGUUUCUGGCAUUUCUGACGUGCGACGGGAAGAUGAAGACGGAAGCCAUACUUUGUGUAUGACAAAUCGGGACAAUGCGCUGUGUGGUUCUACUUGUAGUGAUGAGAGGAGACAGGAGAAUAGCGCAAACAGGCUGUCAGUUUGUGAAGUGAUUCGAGAGACGGGGCAGGCUGCUUCUUCGCUAUCCACAUCAUGGAAGAGGCCGUCCGGAGGUGAUUUUAGACUUGGCAAUGAAGAUGGAUGUGCAAACAACGCGAGUGAGAUUUUAGGGAGUAGUAGUAGUGACCGGAUGGGCAGUGGCGGAAGCAGUAGCAGUAGCCUCCACAUCGAUGAGUCUGAUGUGAGUUCCACGUUGACUUUUGCCGAAGAGAUUCCGAGUCCACUUGGAAAGCAGAAGAAAGCUGUGCAAGAACCUAUCAAGGAUUUCGCAGCUGGACCUGAAAGUUUGGGAACGGCAGGCUUGGCUGCUGCUACUGCCUCCGACACUUUGACUCGGGGACUUGGUAAUAAUCAAAACAUAGAUAUGCCUGGUGACUUAUACCAGGAUGCUUUACCUUCGCAAGCGCCUGGAACGGAGUAUGUUCUUGGCGACACCGGGGGAACAAGUGUGCCGUGUUUUGCUAGUCAUGAUUGUCCGCCUCAUGGAUUAGUAAGUUUGUGCGGACGAAGACCUGAAAUGGAGGAUGCUGUAGUAGCAAAAUCAUCUUUUAUGAAGAUGCCCUGCAAUAAAGUGGGAGGAUGCUAUACUGCGGGUUCGGACGAAGCUCCUUUGCAUUAUUUUGGAGUUUACGAUGGACAUGGUGGCUCGCAGGCAGCAAAUUUUUGUGCGGAGCGUUUGCAUCAGGCUUUAGCAGAGGAAGUUGAGUCGUGUUUUGCACAAGGUCAAGAUCUUGACCAGAGCCUACCUGGUUGGGAAGCUCAAUGGCAAACGGCCAUGACUCAAUGCUUCAGGAGGAUAGAUGCUGAAGUGGGAGGUUUUUGUCUGGAGGAAGGUGAGUGUUCAGCCAGCGGUAAUCCCAGAUGUUGCCCUGAACCUAUCGCUCCAGAGACAGUUGGAACAACUGCUAUUGUGGCAGUUGUGGGUGCAUGUCAAAUUAUCAUUGGAAAUUGUGGGGAUUCUCGAGCUGUCCUUUCUCGCGGUGGAGUUGCUAUCCCUCUCUCUGUGGAUCACAAGCCAGAGCGAGAAGAUGAGAUGGCACGCGUAGAGGCUGCUGGUGGUCGUGUUAUUUAUUGGAAUGGUUAUCGGGUGCUUGGUGUGCUGGCAAUGUCAAGAGCCAUAGGUGAUCGAUAUCUUAAGCCAUAUGUCAUUCCGGAGCCUGAAGUGAAGUGCGUCAAACGCACUGAAGACGACGAGUUUCUAAUAUUAGCUAGUGACGGACUCUGGGAUGUGAUGCCAAAUGAGGUGGCAUGUGACGUUGCACGCCGCUCUCUGAAUAGUAAGAGGAAUUGUCAGCCAAAAGCAGAUGGCCAGGACGAAGAAACACCAGCUGCACAAGCUGCAGCAACUCUUGUGAAAUUUGCCCUAGCCAAAGGUAGCAGUGACAAUAUUAGUGUUGUGGUGGUGGAUCUGAAAUUUCCCAGUAGUAGAUAGCAUCCGGCUAGAUGGGGCAGCAAUUGAGAUUAUAGGUAACCCGUGGAUGGUACACGUUUGAUUACUGUGCCUUAUCACGACUUAAUGCAUUUGAUCAGCAUAUUUAGUUAAUUUGUUUCAGAACAGUGGGAAAAGAGCUGGUAAGUUCUGAAGGAAAUUGAGGGUAAGCUGAAGGGUCUAUUUACUAACUAAAACCUAUGCUUGGGAAAUCAAGCUGCAUUCAGUUCGAGGAUAACAUUGUUUCAUCUUCAGUGAAUUGGAAACGGUUUGUGCUGUAUUCGUACAUU